AUGUUGGCGAGGCUGGUCCUCACUGAAGCUCACUCACUGUACUCACACUGCACUGGACACUCACUCAGCCACUCACGGUUUGAACGAACGGUUCGUGUAGUGAACCUCCUGUAUGAGGUGUGCUCGGUCCGCGCAUGCGCCUCACGGACGUGUCCUGAGAGAGCGACUCACGCGCACUGGCCGAGCGGACCGCGCGCACACCUCCGCCGCCUCCCGCCUCCUCCCGCCGCAACAGCUUUUUGCGAAAGCUCUGAAUUAUAG